AUGACGAAGAUGUUUCGUCACUGGGGCGCUACUUCUGCGGCCCGGAAUCGACAAACACCUCCCCCCCCCCUUCUGUCCGAUGUUUAUGAUGCGGCCAUUGACGCAAAGGCAGUACGGAUCGAGGGUUCGCCAACAAUGUCUCGAAUUUCGGGAUAUGGCGUAGCUGAAGCGAGUCACUCUCUCUCUUUCGAUCCAGUCCGCGCUGCUCUACCGUACCAAUCACCGCCGGUCACAAUUCCAUGCCGGGCCACCGCUCAGUUACCCAAUAUCAGCGCCGUUCUGCCCAAACGAUGA